AUAUAUGGAGAGGGAAACUAACCGUCGUUUCGAAGCAUCUACGAAUUCCUACAUAACACCGCUUUCUGCGCUUUCUGCUUCACAUUCAAGGUUUCGAGUUGAACAUUUUACGUCGUGAAUAACAGCUGACUUUGUGACGAGAAGUAUUGAAUUUCGAGCGCGAGGUUCCCUGUUAUGUGAAUUUAUUUCCUGAAACAAUAAAUCGAGAUGUCAAAAACAAUCCCAGAUCAGCCACUACCUCAAUCGUACCCUCCGCCAGGACCUCCUCAACCGUACCCUCCACCAGGACCGCAACUAUACCCUCCAUCAGGACCUCAACCUCAACCGUACCCUCCAUCAGGUCCUCAACCGUAUCCUCAGCCAGGAUUCAACAUCCCUCCGCCUCAAUACGAUAAUAUCCAGCACAACUAUCCACCUACCGCUCCACCGCCUCAGUACGAUAAUAUUCAGCAUCAGCACCAUCAGCAACAACCAGUGAAUGUGAUAAUUGAGCCUAUUUCGUUCGGCGAAACUCCAGUUCGUAUGGUUUGUACGAAUUGUCAAAGAGAUAUUGUAACCACCGUCACAGACGAAUACUCGUUGUCUCAGCAUAUAGCGUGUUUGGUUAUUUUUAUAUUUACCGCUGGUAUCUGUACGUGUUAUUCGUGUGUUCCGUAUUGUAUACCAUCUUUGUACGAUGCUCGUCACCAGUGUCCUAAUUGUAAAACACAUUUAGGUACCUAUAAACGUUGUGCUUGAGCAGUAUAGGUAUUAAAUCGUUCCCGCGAAAUUGAGUCGUAAAAACAGGACCAUAUAAUAUAUAAAAUAUAAUUCUAAACGGUUCGACUGAACCACCUUCAGCGGCGCUAUACUUAUCAAUAAUAAAAAAAAAUACCUAUUCCCAUGCACGUAAAUUUAUAACCAUUCAGUAUAAGUAUACUUAUAUAUAAGGGCUUUUAUAUCGAAUUGUAAUUUUGUAAUUUCUUUUGUAAUUUUUUUUUUAAAUACGAAAAAAAUUCAAUACAACGACGUUUGCA